AUGGCUUCUCAGAACAGGCUGGGGGCAGUGACCAAAGAAACGGGGUUCUGGCGCUGCCCCCAGUCGGCCACUUACACCCCGGAAACCUGCGAGCUGCUCCAAGUGAUGAUGAAAGAGUCCAAACUGACCAGCUUCCAGCAGCGCCACAUCAUGGACACAGUGAAAAGAGGAAACUCGCUGCCUUUGCAAUGCAGCCCAACAUUCAGCCAGAGGGUAUCCCCACCCAAGCAGACAGCCCCAGUCAUCUGCCUGCCUCCCAUCCUGGCCACCAGGACCCACCUCCGGCCAGCCAAUGUGUGCCAAGCCAAUGGGGCCUACAGUCGGGAACAGUUCAAGCCUCAAGCUACCAGAGAUCUGGAGAAGGAGAAGCGAAGACUCCAAAAUAUCUUUGCCACCGGGAAGGAGCCGGAAGAGCGCAAACGAAAGGCCCCUCCUGUGUGUCAGCACAAGCCAGUCCCUGAGCCAGAUAGGUUUGAAGAACUGGUACAGGAAAUCCAAGACAGGAAAGAGUUCCUGGCCGCUAUGGAGGCCCUGGGCCAGGGCAGACAGUAUCGGGGAUUCAUCCUUGCUGAAAUCUCCCAGAAACUACGAGAAAUGGAAGAUAUUGACCACAAGAGGAGUGAGGAACUCAGAAAGGCUCUUGCCACUGCCUAA